AUUUAUUAACAAUUCGAUCUCUAUGAGAUAUUUUUCAAACCCAGUACCUGUAUUCAGAUACAGUCCUAGCAUUCUCCAAGAAGAGGGAGACUUCACUGAAAGUUCUAGCUACUUCUGGUCUUCUUCAACAUCUUUUCUGCAUAAUGCUGAAGAGGGAGAUUCCGAGGACGACCAACAAGGUUUACACCAUGAAAAAUAUGAUGAAGAGUGGUCUGUCACCUACAUGGAAACCGUCUUCAGCCAUAUCUCCAAAGAGUACAUCCCCAGUAUGGUAAAUUACUGAGUUUUGGAGACAAAGGACUCUGAAGUGUGAGGACAGAUCUUGAUAAUGGAUGAAUAAUUUAUCAUAAAAUUUACCUUAAA